AUGGCAGCCGCACCGUCAGCGUCUAUAUUUUUCAGUAGGGCCGUGGUGCUGCUAAUGCUCGUUGUUUUAGUGCGUAUGGUGCAUUGUGAACGGACGGCCGCAACAGGUGGCAAACGCAAGCAAAGGCCGGAGGGGAUUAGGGGUAUAAGACAGACUAAAGCAAGGGCCUUGAGGUCUUUCCAUUCUUCCUCCGUUUUCCUAGCCAGCACAAUGGCUGUUGACGGUGUCGCAGUUAACAGGGUAGCAGAAGCAAGUGCAGAAGCUAGUGCAGGAGCAUCCGAUAUAUCCGGGCCUCGAAAACGAAAUAUUUCCCAUGCCACAUUUCUCGUUCCUCUAAAUCCUUAUGCGUCAGCAUUCAAUGAACAAGGAAGCGGAGCAAAUCCUUGGCUAUCUGGAGAGCUUAAGGUUUUCAUCGACAGAUUUAAUGUUCCUGUCGUACACCGCUCUGGUGUGUUUGUGGACUUGGGCAUGUCGAAUAUGGGUUACCGCCAGGUGAGCGGGGACUGUCCUGUCUAUGGCAAGUACAUCAAACUCUCAAAGACGGGCUCCAGCACGCUGAGCUUUCUGGAGAACUACCCAGCUGGAGGCUCUUCCACCCGCCCUCUUCCCGGAGGUUUCAACCUUUCCUAUUCUACCAGCUCUGGCAAAGCCGUUUCUCCCGUAACGGAUUCAUUUCUGAAGAGCGUCUUCGGCUCUGAAGGUCCACAAACUCCCAUUGGCCGCUGUGCAAAAUACGCCAAUUUGACAGAACCAAUGAAACCGGGGACGAACACGCCGCUGAAUUACAGAUUGCCCUUUGUGUACAACAUCACGACUCAGAAUUGUUACGUCCUGCAUGUUUCCAUGCAAAAACUAACGGGUAGCAGGUACUGCUCAACUAACGGGUCUCCCUCUGGCUUAGUUUGGCCUUGUUUUUCUCCUGAAAGGAGCGCUUCAACGAGUGCCAGCCUCGUAUAUGGCUCGGGAUAUAUGGGAAGGGAUGCGAAUAACCCGGAUGGAUGGACAACAAAAUGCCCCUAUAUGUCCGUCAAGGAUGCCCUGUUCGGCGCGUGGGGCAAUGGAAAAUGUGAAGAAAUUGGCGCAUCCACCCCUGGGGUAAUAGCAGUUAGUGUUUCUACCAAACAGCAUUGUUGGGAACAAGUUUUCAUGCACUCCGCCACCGAUGAGACUACCGCUGACAAUCCGGCCAACUGGAACUCUGUUUGGCCCACGUUCGAUAGCAGUGCCACUGCCUCGGGCGGCGUGGGUUAUAACUACGCAAACUUCUACGCAAAUGCCAACGGUUCAGGGAUGUGUGUCAUAUUUCAAACGGUCCCAACUUGCUUCCUUCGGUCUAGUGGCAACACCGCUUACAACGCACUGGGCUCGCUGGAUGAAGAAGUGCUUCCUGGUUCCGCCCCAGGAGGAGGAGGGGAAGGAGGAGGCAACGGUGGGGAUGAGAAAUCGGAAAAAGGAGGGAGUAAAUAA